GGCACAAAAAAACGGCGUCGUUUAAGCAUUGGAUUUUAGUCUUGAAAAAAUCUCUGAUCUGCUCUUCUUCCUCUAACACGAUCAGAUUCCCCAGCCUCCCUCCUUCGCUGGCGUGUCCUUCCUCCGUCGCGGCGUCCCGGCGGCUCUAACCAACUUUGCCGGAAUCGAAUCGGCACCAAAAUCGAACUCGGAAACCUUCAAGUUGUAGGUAAACAAUGGCAGGAGUUAUAAAGAAAUUUUUCGUUGCAUCGAUGUUUAUGUGGAUGGCUCCUGUUGCAAUUUUGUAUGCUUUCAACCAUAAUCUGCUUCCUGGUUCAGCCAAUUUGUCUCCCUAUUCUAUGACACUGGUGAGUGGCUUCCUUGCUGUCAUAUCGGUUAAUGUGGUUAUUGCCUUUUAUAUUUAUAUGGCGAUGAAGGAACCUUCAGAUAAACAUGAGCCAGAUCCUGCAUUUCUUGCUGAAGCCAAAGCUAGUGUCAAUCAGUCUACAAGUCAAGCCGAAGCUAGUGUCAAUCAGUCUACAAGUCAAGCUGAAGAUUCUUCCCAUUCCUUAAAGAAAAAAGAGUAGAUUAAAUUCAAGCCUUUCUCAUGUAUCAAAAAGAAGUAAAAUGUGGAGAAAACUUGCUGGUUAGAUAGUAGUGAAGAUCCGAGAGAUAAAAUUGUCCUAAUGUCUGGUGUUUGAUUAUUUUUCCUCUUUUGUUACACUCAAGUUUUGAUGUGAAUGCUAUGAGUUUCCUGUGGAUUAUCGUA